AUGUCGCACCAGCCGCCAUGGGACUACAUCGCAAAGCUCGUCUGCAUCGGUGACUCUGGUACCGGCAAAUCCAGCCUGACAAUCCGCCUCUGCGAAGGCCGCUUCACCACCACCCACGACGUCACCAUCGGCGUCGAAUUUGGUUCUCGCAUCGUCCCCGUCGGCCCUCCAGCUAGCGACGAGCUCGACGACGAUGAGGCUUCCCAAUCCCAAUUCCAACCGUCGCACAUCCCCACUACCUCAUUCCCCGAGACCCAAAACCCCAGCGCAUCUAAACAUUCCUCUCGGCCCUCUUCCUCCCCCAGCAACGCCAACCCGGACCCCUCUCCCCAGCACCUCUCCUCCGGCCUCCCACCACCUCCGCAGAAACCCAAAUCCCAGGCCGCACCACCCGUCCAGAAACGCAUGAAGCUCUCCCUCUGGGACACCGCUGGCCAAGAGACCUACAAAUCAAUCACGCGCUCCUACUUCCGCGGCGCUUCGGGCGCCCUCCUCGUCUUCGAUAUCACCCGCCCGCCCACCUUUUCCUCCCUCUCAGCAUGGCUCCAGGACCUCCAGCAGAUCGCCGAGGAAGGCAUCGUCGUCGUGCUCGUCGGCAACAAGAGCGAUCUUGUCAAGGACGCCGACCGUGAGCGCGGAGAAGGAUACAUCACCCGCGCCCAGGCUGAAGCCUGGUGCAGAGCUAACGGCGUGGUGCGAUAUGUGGAAACGAGCGCCAAGUCCGGUGAGAACGUAGAGCGAGCGUUUUUGGAGGUCGCAGAGCGGAUAUAUAGGAAUAUCGAGGCUGGGAGAUAUGAUCUGAAUGACCGCCGCAGUGGGGUGAAAGGGUACGGGAGCACGAGCGGGUCGAGAAAUGGUGGUGGGAAAUUGCAGACGGUGACGUUGGGGGUAAACGACGCGAUGGGGAGAGGUGGGACUGGAUGGGCGGGAGGGUGUUGUUAA